GUGCAACAGCUUGUAUCAAGUUCUGCAUCGAUGCCUUACGGAUUGUCAUCGCCUGUGAUGGUCUCACCGUAUGCGACAUUGCAGCUGAACAUCCCUCCAGUUGACUUGAAUAAUCCAGAAAAUGCUGCUACAUUGACCAGAUCGCUGGAUCAGGUACCAACGGCUUUUUAUACCUUUACAGUAAACUACAACCAGCAGCUGAUACGAUCUCAACUUGACCAAGCUCAGCAAUCUGCUCAAGUUGCUGGUUGUCAAGUUCAACUACUCAGGGAUCAGUUGACAAGUGAAACUACAGCCAGGAUAGAGGCCCAGUCUCGAACCCAUCAACUCCUGAAUGCGAAUCGCGAACUCCUUGAACAAGUACAAUGUCUUGUCCAACGAUUGCAGCAACUUGAGACAAAGAUCACAAGCGAGAUUCAACAAAGCGUGCAAUCCCCGCCUGGUCCUCAUACCUCAUCACCCCCUAUUCAUCGACCUCCAGUUUACAUGUCCUAUCAUGAGCAGUACGAUGCUCGUCUGCCGGCUGGCUCACAACCACGUGAAAAUAUGCCUUAUCAGGUUCAAACGUUGGCGGACCUGAGGUCUGGCUCACUACCUCCGAAGGACUCUAGGGAACGGCGAAUCAAGGAUGACGGAGCUAAGACGGAACCCGAAAGCAACAACGAAGACACAACUGACUACUCAAGUAGCGAUCAGGUACACCUCUCAAAUAAUUUGUAUGAAAAAGUGACAGAACCGGAAUCUUCUCAACAUCGCCACUUUAGUAUGAGAAAUCAACAACAGUAA